CCUUCGUCUAAUAAAACCGAUAGACAGUAAGAAUGGAAACAUUAUUUUGUAGUUCUCAUUUAACACAUUUGUGCCAAUUUCAAUAUUUUUACGUGGUGUCAUGUUAAUAUAAAAGUAGAAUUUUAUUAAAUAUUGUAUGUGACAUUUACAAUGCUACAAGGAUCCAAUCAAAAAUUAAUUUUUAUGAUAUUUUACUUUAAAACAUAAGAAAGUGAUAGAUUCGAAUUCUAUGUGAUUUAUAUGAAUGAGCACCGACAAGACUGAUUAUGAAACAAAAUAUAUUACUCUAAUUUAUGUAAUUACUUCAUUACUAAAUGCAAGACAAGAUUGUUAUUGAAAUUAACAGUAUUAUUGUAAACAAUCGGUUACUUGCUACUAGUUUUAUAAAAGAGAUUAAAGGACAUAAGUGAAAGUAAUUGCAAUGUUAUACUAGCAUGAUCUAUAAAUAAUGCAGAGGAUAUUUAUAGAAUUAUGACUUAUAAUUGGGUCAAUCAUUAAGAAAUUUAGAAAAGCCGAAAGAUUAAAAAAUUUAUAAUACAUUUUUGAGCAGAAUCUUAUUAAUGAAAUACAUUAAAAUAAAUAGUGAGAGAUCAAGAUAUAAGUUUAUUUUAUUUCUAUAUGUACCAAAGAAUUAUUGCCAAGGUUUUUACAUUAUCUCACUUCACAAUAAUUUUAAAAUACUGUGUACAAUGCAGAUGUUAUAUAAUUUAUUUACUUAAUACGAAUUAUAAAUAAAAAUUAUUUAAUAAAAAACCGAUUAUGAAAUGAUUGCUAAGUAUGUUCUUUUAACAUAAGUGAGUUUCAAUGUGAAUAAAAGUUUGUACAUAUGGGUGUUCCAAAGAUAUUAAAACGUAUGCUGUAUGCAAAUUUUGCAUCGUGCAGUUCUAAAAUAUUAGGAAUACUAGCACCAUUAACAAUCCCACCAUUGCAUAUUGCAUUUUUGUACUACUUUUGGCAAGAAUAUUCAAGAGACGUAGACAAACAGUAUUGUUCUUGUUCAUGUUGGGACACAGUAUUUAAGGGAUCAUAUGAGUCUGGCAUUGCCUCUUAUAAACAUAUGUAUUUUAAUGCCACAUCGAAUACUUUAAAAAUAUGGAUUACGAUUGUAAUUGGAAUUAUUACUUUCUAUGAAGUAGUGAAACAUUUAACAUGGCUAGCUUUUCAUAAUCGCCUUAGACUUUCUAUGAUGAUCCUUUUUUUAACUGCUAUUUUCUCACAUUACUAUACUUGGUGGGUUUAUAUGAAUUAUUGGAAUGAUGAGUUCUAUUCCCAAUGGUACCAUCAAUUGUUUUUCUCUGUCACUGAGCUGAUUUCUACUUUCCUGGUUGUUCAUCUGGCAGAUAAUAAAAAUCCAGUAACUCAUAGAAAAGCAUUUGGUAUAGCUGCAAUAGCUAUUUUACAUAUUUUAGCAGGUGGUUGGGAUCAAUUUGUUGCCAAUGUUUUCAGAGGAGAAGGACAUGCACAUCAGGUUGUACGUGAUCUUGGAUUUAUGAUCCCGGAUAUUCUUCAUGUUGCUAUUCCAUUAUGGACAGUUAGGUGGAAACAUAUUUAUAAUCUUCCUGGUUCUGCCAAACGAGAUCCUAGUAUCAAAAGAGAUCUAGCUUAUAUGUUGGGAAUGAUAUGUAUAGGAUUAUGCAUUUGUGCCAUAUUGUAAUUCAGUCAUUAUAAUGCCUAAAAAUAGUAUCUUAAAGAUGAAAUGAUCGUUUAAUUUAACUUAUUUUCUUAUACCAAGUUUUGAAAGAUGUACAUCUAUAAAUGAAUAUUAUUGAAAAAAUAUAUAUGUACACAUAUACAGGAAGUGCAAAAGGUUGGGGAAAAACUUCAGGAGCAUAUAGCACUCAUCAAAACAAGCAAAAAGGUUUUAAUAAGUGUAGGUCCAAAAACUAUUAGUUUUGGAAUUACGAGAUGUUUUUGCCAAUAAGAUAUUAACUCUACAGCAUAUGUUCAAUAUGCCACCUGUUUAUUUACAUAUGCAAACACACACACACUUGGGCACAUUUUUUCCUAUCACAUCAAUUACUGACAUUUUUCUUAUCCCUUACAUUGGUUUAUUAUAAAACUGUACUAUUAUACACUAAACAUCUCAUAAUUCCAGAACUAAUAGUUUUUGGAUCCAUGUUUAGUAAGACUUUUUUUACUUGUUUUGAUGAAUACUAUAUACAUACUCUUAAAGUUUUCUCCAACUUUCUUAUACAUCCUGUAUUUAUAAACCUUUAUAAUACCUUUUGUGGUGCUGAUACUUUUGCUGAAAGAAUAUUUACUUACAAUUAGUCAAUUUAAUUUAAUAGAUUCCAUUACAGAGUGGUUUCCAUUAUUACUUAAACAAUGUUACACAUUUGAAGAGCUUUUAUCUUUCUGUGUUCUAUUUCAUUUUAUAUAUUCUUAAUAUAUUAUAUAUGUAUAUAUAUAUAGUUGAAAAUGCCUACAAAGUACAAGUUGCUUACAAUAGGAAGACUAUCCUUUUAGGUUGUUCGUGUCUUUUACGUUUGCAAAGUAGCAAAUUAUUUAUCUUAUCUACUAAAACAAAAUAUAUUUUAGGUAUUAACAAAAAAGUAGUACAUGUAGGUAGAGAAAUUAUGAUUAAUCACUUAUAUCUUUUUAGCAUUGAAAUAAAUAUAUUUAUAGUUAUUCUUUUUCGAUAAUAAUUAAUAGUUAAUUAGUGAUAUUGAUUAACUAUUAAUCUUUGACAUCAGUGGAAUGUAUACUGUAACGAUAAGCGAACAACGAUAGUUGUCUAAAGAUGAAAUUGUGCACAUUUUUUUGUCACAAAAAUUGCUUUUUCUUGCUAUAUCGAUAAUAAUUAAUCAAUUUAAUAACGAAUUAUUUAGAUCAGAAUAAAUUCCAAAGUAAGUAGUAGUAUACAUUACCAUUUGAAAAUUGCCUACUUUUUGAUAUUAACGAAUGUGUUCUUAAUUUAGAUAUAUUAGUCAGAAUAGUUAUAGAAGUUUAGUUUAGAUGCAAGGAUAAGAUCACUUUCUCGUUUUCGAAAUAUUUAUCGAUAUAUUUUUGUGAUUAUUGUUUGUGUAUAUUGUGUAUACCAGGUAAUUACGAAAUACUGUUAUAGCUUUGCAAUUUUUUGCACAUUUAUUUAAAUAUCGUGAUUAAACAAACGAGGAACAUUCAAGAUUAUACAUAUAAAUUAUAUCAACGAAAGAAACAUAUCAUACACAACGUUCGCGAUACGUUUCUUAAAAAUAAAAAUAAUUAUAAAAGAAACAAGGAAUGUAUAAUAUAAUUAUUGGCAGUUUUGAAGAGCAGUGCUCUUGUUAAGGAACAAGGCCACAACAAAGUGCCUACAUACAAUGUGAAUUAUUUUCGUUAAUAUCUCAUUGAAUUAAUGUUAUUAUAAUAUACGAAUUGAUUCUACAGGUGAUAAUAGAUAUUGUAUAAGACUUUAAGAAUCUUUUACGGAAACCAAUAAUGAAGUAACUAAUUUAAGAAUUAGUUUAUUUCAAAGUAAAAGCUUUUAAUAGUUGGCACUAUUCAUUGUUUUAUUGUAUUAGAGAGAAGAAGAAAUAUUUCAGGACUAUAAAGGUAUAACUUAAUUUAGUCCAGUACCAUCCUCUCUGCUUGUAUGUUGCAUAUUUCAUAUUUCAAAAACAAAUUAAUAUUUGAAUUACUUCAGAGACUUUUAUUUCAUUUUAUUUCUGUAUAAUGAUAACAUUGUACACAAUAAACGUUUAUUAUCGUAUUAUCUAGAAUUUAGUAAAACUGUUUUUGAAUAUAUACAACUUUGACUUUGUUUCAGUAGUAAUUAAACAUUCAUUAGUUCAAUGCUUUAUGCUAACUAACCUGAGUGAUAUCUGCUACAAUGAUAAUUUUAUAUUUCUGCGUGUAUUAUACAAUUAAGGAAACAAAUUGAUUUUUUAAUGAUUAAAAGUAACUCUUACUGAAAGUACUUACUGAAAUUACCUGUUAGUAUUUAUUUAUUCUCGUCAUAUCAAACAUUUGUGAUCAUAUCUCGUAAUAUCAUUGUUAAUGAUGCGGCCUAUAAUAUGAAAUUAUAUUUCUAAUAGUUGAUAAUUUAUUGUAUUAAUUUUAAACGAGAGUCUAAUUUAUUUUAUUCUUGUGUACCUUUUGUAAAAAUUAGAUCGACCCAACAUUUAUAUUGUAUUCGAAACAUAUUAGGAAUACUAUGAACGAAAUGUAAUAUCGUAUUUGAAAUUGUGAUUGAUGGAACAUGUAUAAAGAAAAUAAAAUUUACCCGAAAGUUUGUUGUAUUUAUAUCUUUUUU